GGUUCAAGUUCUUCGCUUGGUGGAUGGGGAUAAAACCCCAAUGGGAUAUCUUUAUGAGGCCAUGUAUAGGGCCAAGGAGUCUAUCAAAAAUUACUACAAGGGGGAUAAUCUCAAAUUUGAUCCCAUUUGGGAAAUUGUUGAUAGGAAGUGGAACAAUCAGCUACACCAACCCAAUUCAUGCAGCAGGGUACUUCCUCAACCCUCGUUUUAGGUUCGGGGGUUCUUACUCAGAUUCGAAUGGAGAAGUCAUGGAGGGCCUUAGUACAUGCAUUGAGAGGAUGGUACCUAAUGUUGAGGAGAGAGACCUCAUUGUGAGUGAGCUCCAAAAUUAUCAGGGAGGAAGGGGUAAGCUAUUCUCUUCAGAGCUGGCUAGGAGAGGAAGAACCACUCAAACCCCAGAUGCUUGGUGGCAAAAUUGGGGUGGAAACACCCCACAUCUCAAACAAUUUGCCCUCAGAGUCUUAUGUCAGCCUUGCAGUUCAUCCAAUUGUGAGCGCAAUUGGAGCUUGUUUGAAGCAAUCCACACGAAGAAGAGGAGCAAGUUAGAGCAGAAAUGACUCAAUGACCUUGUCUACGUCCAAUAUAAUCUUCGAUUGCGCGUAAAGAAGGUAGAGGAACUAGAAGGUGGUCCAAUUGACUUGGAUGAUAUAGAUCCUUACAGUGAUUGGACAUCACAGGAGCAACAUCCAUUGUUUUCCGACACUGACAUCACUGAUUUGGAGAGGCAGGCUAUGGAGGAGGGGGGUGGAUUUGGUUUCAGGCUGAUGACAUUGAGGAGGAUGAGGAUGAGGAUGAGGAUUCAUUGCCAGUGCCAGAGGCAGGUGGAGACAUAGCUUCAUCCAGGAUGGAGGAUGAGUCUCAAUCAACCAUACCGAGCGAGGAGGCACAGUCACGCCCAGUCCCACAACAAACUUAUACGACUAGACAAUCUAGACCCUCUAGUUCUACCUCUCCCGAAGUUUUUGCUAGAGCUGGGAAGAGGAAGUUGUAAUUGUAAUUUGUAAUGAUGUAUUUACUUUUGUUUUACAAAAACUAUUUAGUAAUUUACUAUUUUGCUUCAAGGCUUCCAGCCAUCGGCAUUCCUCAUGAGGAUGCGAU